UCGUAGCAUUGAGUUUUAAUGAUGCAGUUACUUUUAAAUGACCAUAACUUGCUUAAUUUUUUACCGAUUUUCAAACGGUUUGGUUUGUUAUAAACGUCAAAGAUGUACCUAUGACACUGCAUACCUAUACUAAAAAUAAAAAAUAAAUUCAUGAAACAUGUUAAAGCAUCCAGAAUUAUAGCCACGUUAAUAACGUGUGUAAAAACCCAAACCGUUUGAAAAUCGGUAGAAAAUUGAGCAAGUUAUGGUCAUUUAAAAGUACCUGCACCAUUAAACUCAAUGCUACGAGUGAGCGAGCGCCCUGUCCUAAGAUGGCCGCCAGGUGAUGCCGUUAGGGACUCCGCCUUGAGCCAUCUAGCCUUUAUACAUAUCUAUGGAGCUCCCGGCACAUCGCGUUUGUUGUUUAUAUCAUACGCAUGCGCGCACGUCUCACAAGAUUUUCCUUAUAUCAAUAACCUCGCGUGUGAUUGGAGGAGCCCGACAGGCUUCUCGCCUUCGUCCAAUCGCGUGCGAGGUCAUGGCCACGGCUCACACAGCAGUACAAGAGGACCAUUAAGCGAUGUUUGGUUUGGUGUUUGUAACUCUCCAAGAAGAGAAGACGGGUGCACAAUCCCAAGAUUGCGGAGGCUGUACGGCGUCUCUGAGGCACACUGCAGGCGCUUUGAACCAGAGCAAAGACUAACGUCGCCUCAUAACGAAGCCGUGACCUCCUAUUUGGUUGGGGCUAUUUUAGCAAGUCCACAUUUAACUGCUGAGAAUGACGACAUUGUUUCUGCCUGUAAGACGUAUUAUGAGUCGGUUCGCCGGAGCUUCAGAUACAAACAACCUGAACUCGCAUCGCGGGCGGAAAAUACGAAAAGUUUAGCUCGGAGUCGAUCCAGAAGAAAAAGGUUGCUGGAAGCGAGACGAAGUGUGCUGGCUGAGGGUGAGAUGGACAUUUGAAAGUGCGCCACCAUAGAUCUCAUGUCUGAUGAAGACGGCAUUGUUGACGGGGUGUCUGGAUGGAUUGUACGGCCACCGCCCUCUCGCAGCCUGGAACUCUCCGAGCUCUGUGCCACACUGCAAUUCAGAUUAGAGGCGAUACCAAAGUACAGGGGAACUCACCAUAUAUGCCUGCAAAAGCGACUUUUUACAACGUUUUUGAGUUUUCUUUUUCUUUUUUCAACACUUGAGAACUUUGAAAAAGAUUUUUAGGGAUCUUUCCCGAAUGUCUUGGGCACUUUUUGACGUGUUUGGAGGACAACAUAAGAGACAUUAUGCUGCUUUGUACAUAGUUGUGUGUUUCUAAUUAAAGCUCUUUCUUUGAAUAAACAGCUGUGUGUUUAUAAAUAAA